AAUUGUAUUUGUCUGACUGUCAAAAAGUAUUUAUCAUCUUAUAUUUUCAAUAAAACAAAAAAUUAAAAGUUUUUUCAAGAUUUCCUGAGUUGUAUUCAACAACGUAUUUUUGUUUUCUUGGUUUGAGAUUGUGUAGAAUAUCAAAGUUGGUAUGAAUAAACUUAUACCAUAAACAAUAUAGGUAACAGUUGUGUUUGUAAAUAGUGCAAGUGUAUUGAAUUUUACUUUAAUGUAAUAAUAUUUUAUACUCUGAUGGGUAUAGAGCACAAUGGGACCUACAACUCCUAUUGGGGCUGGUGAGGGCGGAAGUGCUACUACUACUUCUGAUACAGCCCAACUUGUUGAUAAUGAGGAAGCAAGCACAUCCUCUCAAGUAAACUUGGGGAAAACUGUGCAUUUUGAGGAUGAAAUAGAAAAUGAUGAUUUGGAAGGGAGCCACGGAAUCAGACGAAGGCAGCCUGUGCAAAAGUUUGAACCUGGAUCUUUAAAUAUAUUGUCUGCUAAGUAUGAAAGUCUUGACUAUGAUACAUGUGAGAACCACCUCCUCUUAGAUGAAGAAAGGAAAAGAGGUUAUCCAUUUGUAGUGUGGAAGGGCAUUGCUCGCUGGUUCAUAUUCCUGCUCAUAGGAGUUAUUACAGCACUCAUAGCAUUCAUCAUAGACAUCUGUAUAGAAGAGUUCUCUAAUAUUAAGUACAGUGAAUUGAAGAAAUCUGUAGAUAAGUAUGUAAUUGAAGACAAGCUGUACAUUCCAUAUCUGCUGUGGGUCUUGUCCAAUAUUGGCAUUGUAUUCAUUGGGGCAGUUCUGGUUGCGUAUGUAGAGCCAGUAGCAGCCGGCAGCGGCAUACCUCAAGUGAAAUGCUACCUGAACGGGGUGAAGGUGCCUCGCGUGGUGCGGUUCAAGACGCUGCUGGUGAAGACCGUGGGCGUCAUCACGGCCGUGGUGGGCGGGCUCGCUGGGGGGAAGGAAGGCCCCAUGAUCCACAGCGGCGCGGUGGUGGCGGCGGGCAUCUCGCAGGGCAAGAGCACCACGUUCAACAAGGACUUCAAGAUAUUCCAGUACUUCCGCGAGGACCACGAGAAGCGCGACUUCGUGAGCGGGGGCGCCGCCGCCGGCGUAUCCGCCGCUUUCGGGGCUCCUAUUGGCGGAGUCCUAUUCUCCCUAGAAGAAGGAACCAGCUUCUGGAACCAGGCGCUGACGUGGCGCACGUUCUUCGGCACCGUGGUGUCCACGUUCACGCUCAACGUGGCGCUGUCCGCCUACCACGGCCACCCCGGCGACCUCAGCUUCCCAGGUCUCCUGAACCUGGGCAAGAUGGAGCCGUUCCCGUUCCAGUUCUACGAGCUGCCCGUGUUCAUGUUGUUCGGCGCGGCGGGCGGGCUGCUGGGGGCCCUGUGGAACCACAUGAAUUAUAGACUCGCUGUGUUUAGAAUCAGAUACAUAACCUCCCCGUGGCUUCGCGUGGUGGAAGCAUGUCUGGUGGCGGCGGCGAGCGCGUCCGCGGGCUUCCUCAUGAUGUUCCUGCUGAACGACUGCCGCCCGCUCGGAGAAGACCCCACCAAGGUGCCGCUGCAGCUCUACUGCGCAGACGGCGAAUACAACGCACUAGCAGCCGUCUGGUUCCAAACCCCAGAAGCGUCUGUCCGCUCGCUCAUCCACGACCCCAUGGGAUCCUACAAACCCACCUCGAUUCUAGUAUUCGUGUUGUGCUACUUUGUGCUGUCGACAUGGACGUUCGGCCUGUGUGUGUCCAGCGGAUUGUUUAUUCCGAAUUUGCUGACUGGCGCCGCAUGGGGGCGGCUGGGCGCCAUCGCGAUUCAGUUGAUGAUGCCUAACACUCCAAUAAACCCAGCAAAAUACGCGCUUGUAGGCGCGGCGGCCCAGCUGGGCGGCGUCGUGCGAAUGACUAUAUCCCUUACGGUCAUAAUAAUAGAGACUACGGGACAGAUCUCCAACGCACUGCCUAUUAUCAUCACGGUGGUGGUGGCUAAAUGGGUCGGAGACUUCUUCAAUGAGGGUAUCUACGACAUCCACAUCCAGCUGGCCGCCGUCCCGCUGCUCCCGUGGGAGCCCCCUCCGCUCACGCACAACAUCUACGCGUCGCAAGUCAUGUCACACCCGGUGUUCACACUGAGAACUGUCGAGAACGUGGCGCACAUUCUCGAGGUGCUGAGAAUGGUGUCGUACAACGGGUUCCCGGUUGUGGAUCCGCCGCUGACUGAUGAUUCAGAAGUAACAACCUACAAGCGUCUCCGCGGGCUCAUCCUGCGCUCGCAGCUCAUCGUGCUGCUGCAGAACAAGAUCUUCAACGAGAACGCCAACUCCGCCUGGUCCAACACGAAGGUGGACAUGGACAUGUUCCGGACAGAGUACCCCCGAUAUCCCACUAUUGAAGAGAUGCAGCUAUCCGAGUGGGACAAGACGUGCACGAUCGACCUGCGUCCCUUCAUGAGCCCGUCGCCCUACACGCUGCCGCACCGCGCGUCGCUGCCGCGGCUCUUCCGCCUGUUCCGCGCGCUCGGGCUGAGGCAUCUACCCAUUGUUAAUGAUGUUAACGAGGUGGUAGGCAUGGUGACUCGCAAGGACAUCGCGCGGUACCGCGUGUGGAGGCACCGCGGCCACAUGGGCAUGGAGGAACUGCUGUUCUCAGGAGAAGUAUAGACCACUGUGUUAUGUUGGCACCACACUAGGCUAUUUGUAUUUGUUAUUGGAUGUUUGCUGUAUUUGCUAAAUACUUACCAAAGAUGUAAUAAUUUUGGCGAAUAUACUGACCACACAUUACUGUUUUUGCGAAUACGAAUAGUCAAGUUAGGUGGUAGUAUUAGCACCACAUUCCACCAAUGGAAGAUGAGAAGAGAUUGUUUUCAGCUCUGGUGAAUCCACCAAACCUUACGAUUUCUUAAUCAUUUACGCUUUUUGAGCCUACCAUAAUAACAUUUGGUUUGAUGUAACAUACUAUACUAACCUUAUAGUACAGAACCUUAAUUUAGUAGGUAACCUGGGAUGAACUUACUGUACCUUAUGAUAGUUUUUAAGUAGCUCAUUUUAAUUAAGAAACUACUAAUACCAUUUUUUACUGUUUGAUAAUAAUGACACAGCUUAUUUGACUUAAAUUAGGCAGUGCAUUGUUUUAGUUGAAUGUAUUUAUAGUUGUGCAGUUGGAACUAAAUUAUUGAUUACUUUGGGAGUCAAAAGAUGCUAUUAUUUUAAUAUUGUUUCUUUAACUUGUAUGACAAUAUUGACUAUACUAGUUCCAAAGAACCAGCCUUUUCUAUCCUGUAUGAAAAUUGAAAAUGAUCAAGGGCUGAUGUUAAAAAAUGAACCAUAUAAAGAGAAGUUUAGUGUAAUAAUUGUGUUAAGUUUUUAUAUUUUGUACACUGUUAUAUUUUAUAAUCAAAUCAAAUAUAUUUAUGGUUACCUUAGUA